AUGACGAUCGUGGAGAUGCAGAUGAACAUCGACUGCGACGGCUGCGAGGACAACGUGAGGAAGGCCCUUCUCAGGCUUCAAGGCGUGCACUAUGUGGACGUGGACCGAGCGCGGGACAAGGUGACGGUGACGGGCACGGCGAGCCAGAAGAAGGUGCUGCGCGCGGCGCGGCGCACGGGGAAGCUCGCCGUGCUGUGGCCGUCGGCGUACGACCCGGGGUACCACCACGCCCACGCCUACGCUCACGCGCAGCCGGCCUACUACCACUCCUACCAGGCCAAGCCCGCCGCCGCCGCCCACGCGCACCGCUACUACAACAGCAUCCCGCACGGAGGGUACCCGGCGCCGGCGGCGCAGCACGGCAGCGCCAGCUCGUACAACUACCACGUCCAUGGCUACUACGACUCGGACCUCCACGGGUACCACCACGAGCAGUCCAACGACGCGCGGAGCUACUUCAGCGACGACAACCCCACCGCCUGCUCCGUCAUGUGA